AAGCAAUUGCCAGACUCGCGGUCGCGAGAAAUCCGCAGUCUCGCGAAAAAGUGAAAGAAUCAUUGCUGAAGUGAGUUCCUGGUGGCAGGAAGUGAUACGAGAGUAGUGUAGAAGUGAGUGCCGCGUGUGCAUGAGGUGGUGAGAAUGAGUUACAAUAUAAGCUGGAUAUUUCCACGACUGAGGAAGCCGUCGACGUUCUGGCAUCUGGCCAGCACAGUCACAAUCGCGGCUGUGGGGCUCUUUAGCAAGAUAAUUAUGGUGUGGCUCAACAAGACUCGCGUGCACAAUCGGCAAAUCUUGUCUGACGCACUGAGGAAUCGUCCACACGGAGUCCCACUCAUUACGUGCUCUAAUCACGAGUCAUGCUUCGAUGACCCAGGAUUAUGGGGUGUUCUUCCGCUGAAUCAAGUGUGCAACCACAACGUGAUCAGAUGGUCGCUGGCGGCGCACGAUAUCUGCUUCACCAACAAGUAUCAUUCCCUCUUCUUCAUGUUCGGCAAGUGCGUGCCGUGCGUGCGCGGCGCCGGCGUCUACCAGCCGGCCAUGGAUGUGUGCAUAGAGAAGCUGGCGCUGGGCGAGUGGGUGCACGUCUUUCCCGAAGGGAAGGUGAACAUGGCUCAAGAGUACAUUCGGUUGAAGUGGGGCAUCGGUCGCCUGAUCUACGAGAGUCCUGUUCUUCCAAUAAUCAUUCCCAUCUGGCAUAAGGGAAUGGAGACUGUUCUUCCGAAUGAACCACCUUACAUUCUGCGCGUGGGCAAGAAAGUUACCAUCAACUUCGGAGAGCCCAUUGACUUGAAUGAACUGGUGAAGUCUCUCAAAGAGCGCAAUGUUCCCGAGCCAGAGGCUAGAAAAGUCAUCACAGAUCGCAUUGAGGAGGAAUUAGAUAAUUUAAGGAUAAAGACGGAACAGCUACACAAUAAGUGCUGACGAGUGUCACGAGGCUGAAUAAGUAGAUUAAUUGACAACGUAGAGAGAGAGAGAGAGUUGUGUAUCGUGAGAGGAUAUCUUGCGCGCGCGGUGCCAUGUGAAAUAUCCAGUCUCCAAGUCCAUAAUUACAUAUUAAGAAGAACAGUGUCCACAUAAUUCUUGCCCCAUAUUUCCCCUGAGACAUUAUUAAAGGUCGCAAAUUUAAAAGAGUUGAUGUUAAUCUGUAUAAUCGGAAUGCUGGACGGAAGGCAAAUUCCCCAAAAUGUAGAUAAGCUGUGAACUAUUUAGCCAUUCAUUGCGAUUUUAUUCAUCACCUUGUUUUGUGAUACGAUUCAAAUGCCAAUUGAUUAGUCCUUUUUGUACCUACGCAUGUGUGCAUAGUUAGAUCAGCAAUAUAUAUAUAUAUAUAUAUAUAUAUCAAAUUUCUGGAUUGGGAUUUGAUGGUGGAAUGAUUGCCUUUGUUUUUAUUUAUAUAAAACAGAAAAGAAAAAGAUCCGUUUUAUUUUUUUUUGCUCCAAAAAUGUUUACACACGCAGUGCUUUUAUCUUAAGAUUAUUGUUAUGGUCAAACAAUCCCCACACAGAUUUUGUCCUGAGAUGUUGUUUUUUCUGCAUUUCUCUCCACCGAUCGAGUCAGAGCUGUAUUCUUGAAAAUAUACACAUUACAAGAUAUACCAAAAUGAUAGUGUUUAAAAGACAGAUAAUAAUAAUAAUGUAAAUAAAAAAUUUGAGCUGUAUCGAGA